CGGGCUAUCUGCUAUCUCUCUCUCUCUGGCUAUCUGCUAUCUCUCUCUCUCUGACUACCUGCUAUCUCUCUCUCCCUGGCUAUCUGCUACCUUUCUCUCUCUGAUUACCUGCUACCUUCCUCUCUCUCUCUCUCUCUUUCUCUGACUACCUGCUACCUUUCUCUCUCUCUCUCCCGGGCUACCUGCUAUCUCUCUCUCUCCCUGGCUAUCUGCUACCUCUGUCUCUCUGUGGCUGCCUGCUAUCUCUCUAAUCGAAUCUCUCGCUAUUUGAUCUGACCAUGCAGAGUACAGUGCUGCCUGCCCUCCCUCGGGAUGUGCCAGGCGCUGCCGGUGCUCUGUGCCACUCUACCAUGCCUUCUUACCUUGCCCCGUGCCUGCUGCCCCUGCUCUUGCUCUGCUUGCCCUUGAUCAGGGGCUGCCCAGGAGACUGUGUUUGCCGGGACAGCCACACCAUAGACUGCAGGGACCUGGGACUUUCUGAGCUGCCUAUCGGUCUCUUCCCGCUGGUGAUCAGAAAGAUCCUCAUGAGCAACAACCGAAUCCGGGAGAUCCCCAACGACUUCUUCAUGUACUACCGUGACCUGGUCUACCUGGACCUCAGCAACAACUCGCUGUCGUCUAUCGCCCAGGGGACCUUCAGCAGCACCAAUCUCAUCUACCUGGACCUCAGCUACAACAACUUCUCGCAGCUAGCGCCCGGAGCGUUCAGCUCAGCGCAGCGCCUCAUCAUGUUGCGCCUGGGGAACAACCCACGCCUGGGGAAGGUGGAGGACGGAGCAUUUCUGAACCUCAACCUCCUGCAGGUGCUGGAGCUCAACGACAACGCGCUGGAGUCCCUGAGUGUGGCCACCCUCCGCUCCCUACCCUCCCUCCGCACCGUCCGCCUGGAUGGUAACCCCUGGCUCUGCAACUGCAACUUUGCCCAGCUCUUCCUCUGGCUCAGGGCGAACGCUGAAAUCCUCGCCACUGGCUUUGAUGCAAUCCAAUGCUCCUUGCCCAGGGAUAUGAGGAAGAUUACACUCAACGAGUUAUCUGACAACAGCUUCACAGAGUGUGAGUUCUCGCUGACUCUGACAGACUACUUGAUUAUCUUUUUCUCUGGGGUUUGUGUCUCCAUCACUGCCAUUACAACGAGCUUCUUCUUGGCCAAUAUUGUUCAAUGCUUCCAGAGACUGGGAUUAUUCAAGGAAAGUGAUGACGACGAAGAGAAUAAGUAAUGGCAAGAAACAGACACUAGAUGAAUACUUGUCAUGUUAUUUCCUCCAUUUUUCAUUUGCAAAGGAGUUG